AUGGACCACGAUGAAGCCGCCGCGUCCACCGCCUCCAGUUACGAGCUCUCCCGUGUCUCAACCGCCGCACGCCGCCCGAGUCGUACUGCUCAAGAACGCCCUCAGCUAGCCCCGUUUAGCUCUGCCUUUGGCGGUUUCACCCCUCUCGACACUCCUCCGAUUACCCCACCAGAGAGCAACAAUGAGAAGAUUGAGUCGAUUCCACCAGCUCCGGUCGACUAUUUGUCGUACAAGGAGGUCGUUCCUGGACCCAGUGUACCGCCGACGCCUGGAGAGACCGAGUUCUACCCAACCGACUUGGAGAGCGGAUCCAGUACGCCUCCGUCGCCCACUGCGCACAACUCAACGGCGGACCUCACCAUCGCCGAGCUCGCCAAUGAGGCUGCCCCUUUGCCACCGGUCGAUCGUGGCCGAGCCGCGAUCAUGUACCUGGUCGCCGUAACUCUGAUCGAGGCGACUGUUUGGGGUCUACCCUUCUCCGUCGGCGUGCUGCACGAGUAUUGGCUGUCGGAGCUGUUUCCGGACCCCUCCGCCGCCGGCGUCCUGACCCUCGCGUCCACGCUUCCGACCGGUCUGCUCUACUUCUGCGGCGUCUUCAUGGGCCCGCUCUUCACCGCGUUCCCCUGGUUUGAGCGAGAGCUCCAGUUUGCUGGUCUGUUCAUCUCGACAGCCGGCCUGCUCGCAAGUGCUUUCGUGACACAGCCGUGGCAGCUCAUUCUCACGUUCGGCAUCAUGUUCCCCAUGAGUGGCAGCGUGUACCUCCCCUGCGCCACGAACCUGUUCGAGUGGUGGAAGGCGCGCCGUGGCAUGGCGACGGGCAUUAUGUACGCCGGUACCGGGCUCGGCGGCUGCGUGUUCCCGAUCGUGGUAACAGCGCUCCUGAAGGCCUUUGGGUACCGCACGACCAUGGUCUCGCUGGCUAUCGCGUACCUCAUUAUCAUCGCGACGUGCCUGUGCUUCACGAAGCGCCGCGUACCUCUGCCGACCUACGUCACCGGUGGCCGCCGCAAGCGCACCCGUCCCCCUGUCGACUGGUCUUUCCUCCGCCGCCGGGCGACCUGGGUCGGCUUCGCGUUCAUGAUGGUGCACUCGCUUGCAAACUUCAUUCCCCUGCUCUGGAUCACAUCUUUCGCGACGCUUGUAGGCGCGAAGAGCCCUGACGGCCCGUCGCUCGUAGCCAUCGUGAACGGCGUCACCGCGUUCGGCAAUUGUCUCUCGGGGUGGGUGUCAGACCGCGUUCCUUGCCGAAUCGCUGUCACUGUUUCCUGCCUCAUUGCCGCCGUCAGCACGGCCACACUCUGGGGAUUCGGUGACAAUGAGAAGUUCCUCCUCGCAUUCGCAGUGAUGUGGGGUCUAACCGCCGCAAGCCUGGCGGGCAUGUGGGGCGCGAUGAUCACCACAAUCGCGCAGAACGACCCGUCCACGACCGUCGUCGCCUUCUCAGCGUUCAUGACACUCAAAGGCAUUGCGAGCUUCACGUCCGGUCCCAUCUCGACCGCCCUCCUCAACUAUGGCCCUAUGGCCGGCGCUCCCGGCGCGUACGGCAGCACAAACUACGGAGUGCUCAUCAUCUUCACCACCAUUAUGACUGGUGCUGGAGGUUUGAUCACCAUCGCCUUCCCUGGAUAG